ACGAAUGUUGGAAGCAUAAGAAGCAAAUUCCAAAACCAAAACCUCAACCUCAAGUUGAAAAUGGCGGCACCGUAUGUAUACGUAUAGAGAUCGAGCGAGAGAGAGCUUUUUGGAGUAGGGUUCUUUCAGAAGGCUUUGAUUUUGUAUCUUUGGGUGAAAAAAUAAUGGGGGAUGGGAAUAAAAUUGGGAUUGAUUCAUCAUUAGAGUGUGAUUUUGGGUUGGGUUUGAAGAUGCAAGUGCAACCCACUGAGUCAUCAAUUUGUAAAAGGGCCAUGGUUUUCCCUCAUUAUUAUCAGCUUUCUUCUUCUCAGAAUAAUAGCUUUUCUGGUGUUGGAAGUGGUGGGGGCGGCGGGGCCAAUUUUUGUAAUCCAAAUAAACAGGCGGUGGGGUGGGUGAGCAAUAUCUACGAUUCUUUAGGCGGCGGCGGCGGUGCAGUUUUUCCGAGGAGCUCUCACUAUAAUGCUCCCAAAGGAGGCGUGCUAAUUUCUGGAAAAGCUCUUUUUACAGACAAACAGUGGCAAGAACUGGAGAGACAGAACAUGAUAUACAAAUACAUAAUGGCUUCUAUCCCUGUUCCUCCUCAACUCCUCUUACAACUCUCAAAUGCCCCAGAUUCUUUCCAAUCUAAAACAUCUGGUUUGGAUUUGAGGUUCUCGAGGGGGUCGGAUCCAGAGCCAUGGAGGUGCAGGAGAACAGAUGGGAAGAAAUGGAGGUGUUCAAGGGAUGUAGCACCUGAUCAGAAAUACUGUGAGCGCCAUGCCCACAAAAGUAAAGCCCGUUCAAGAAAGCCUGUGGAAACUCAAUCCCACAACAGUACUACUACUACCAACAAUUCUCAACAGUCUCUUCUCCUUCCACCUAAUACUCCAACAAAUCAAAAACAAAUGGACUUCACUGCUCCAUAUGACCAAACCAGGUGCACCGAAUGGUUCAUGGGAGGUGGAAGUAGCAGUGGCACCAUCACCCUCCCUGUCUCUACUUGUAACCGACAAUGGCAUCAACGUAUGCAGUCAUCAUCGAAGUUGGGACAUUUUCAUAGAGACAACAAAAAUAAUUUGUCUGUAUUUCAACAAGAUUUCAUGAACUCAUUUCUUGACCACCCCAAGUUGGCCUAUUUACAAGGGAACCCCGAUUUAAACACUGAAAAAACACAGACAACUAGGCAUUUUAUUGAUGAAUGGUCAACAGGAGAGAAAGAGGGCAAUGAAGGGUCAGCUGCAUUUUUAAACAAGAAGAGGUUUUCACCUUCAUCUUUGUCUCUAUCAAUGUCAAGGGGAAUUGGGAUUGGUGAAGAUAAUGAUCGAAAUGCAGCAAUGGGUAUUGGGACGAUGAAUACUGUUAAAGAAAAUGAUGGGUUUUUGAAUACUGUUUCUUGGUUGAGUUCUCCGCCGGGUGGACCAUUGGGUGAGGUUUUGGGACUUGGCAAUGGUGCUGGCGGGAAAGGGUGUUUGGAUUUGACAUCGCCUCAUGGGUAUAGUAAUAGCACUACUAAUAGCAGCUGCUGCAGUAAAAGUUCUUGUGAGGAUGGAAUUGGCACCCAUUCACACAAUUUUAUUGGUUGACCACCCAACUUUUUGAACUUGAGCCAAGAGCUGGCCCAAAAAUAGCUUUAUGAUGUUUUCAUUUUGUGUUUCUUUUGUUUAAUUUUAGUUCCUUUACUCUUCAUGACUCACGUAUCUGUAGUUCUGUACUUUGUGUCUUUUUCAUUAGCAAUGGGUAGAUAUGUAUACUCGUCGCAAUCCCUUUUUGAGAUCGCCUGUGUUGAUGGGAGAACUAAAGAGUUUUUGUCUCUCCGGAUCA